UACUUAUACCGGGUGUUUGGCAUUAUUGCAUAGUAAUUACGUGAGAGAAAAUGAUGACGUGCAACGGAAGUUAUACGUAAUAAUUGUUUUUGUAUAUGCCUUUAAUUUGGUUUUCUCUUAAACGUGGCAACACGGUCUGCAACGAAUGUUAUCGGUCAAGGUCGCGCGCUUGCUAACCCUAUUCUUGCUGGUUCUGCGGUCUCCUUCAAAAAACUUUAAAUUAGAAAUCGUCUUAACAAUUUGUACCAUCGAUUUUACUUAAAUACAAUGGAAUCAUUAAACGUGAACGACGUGCUUCAGUUUUUAAAGAUUGCACACAACCUAAAGCACAGCGCUCGUAAGGGUUGGGAAUACAGAGGAAUAAAAAAUCCAGAAUCAAUCGCGAGCCAUAUGUACAACAUGGCACUCAUGACCUUUUUGCUUGGAGACAAUUCCACCGUGGAUCGUCUGCUGUGUUUACAACUUGCAAUCGUACACGAUUUAGCUGAAAGUAUAGUCGGCGACAUAACCCCUCAAGAUAAUAUUUCCGCUGACGUUAAACACAAAAUGGAGGAUGAAGCGAUGAAAGAGCUUACAUCUUAUUUAGGUGGAGGUGUAGGUAAUAAAAUUUAUGAACUUUAUAAAGAGUAUGAACUGAAAGAAAGUGCAGAGGCCAAGUUUGUUAAAGAUUUGGAUUUGUUCGAUAUGAUUUUCACUGCGUCUGAAUAUGAAAUAAAAGAAAAUACUAUAGGGAGAUUACAAGAAUUUUUCGAUUCCACUCGUGGACGGAUUAAUAAUCCAUUUAUCAAACAACUAGCAACUACUUUAGAGGACAAACGAGCACUAAAUAGAGAGUGAUUAAUUUAAUUGGAUAGUUAUUCUAGUUAUUCUUGCCAAGAAACAAGCGCUUGUCUAACAAAUGCGUUGGUAGUGUAAAUCUGUAUGUGAAUUAUACUGCAAGUUACUCAAUGCCAAAAUUGCUCCGGUAUGCUUCAGCUACAUUUUUUAACAUUAAAUUUUACUAUGCAAGUGUAUAAAAAGUUUCAUGAGUAAUACCUAUGGGACUGUUUCAGGAAAACCUGAAAAAUCAAUACCUACCUAAGAAAACCAAGACGUUAGCAAAAUUAUAGACACACAGGAAGGAGUGAUUAAUUACUUUAGUUAAUCGUCAAACAAAUUUAUUGAUAGUCUUAACAAAUUACACUAAACUUGUUUAUAAAGAUUUAUUCUUUUGUUCAGUUAAAACACUUUUAUAUAAUGGCAUAUAUAUCACAAAUGUAAUUUCGUAACUGCAAAGGAUUACACUGAACAUAUUUGUUUUUCUCAGCAACAGUUACCUACAUACUACACCAAAGGAGUUUUCUUUAACAAAUAUAUAUCACUCCUUGGACAAAGCAUGUUAAUUGGCAUAAUUAACAACUAUUACGUACAAACAUAAAAUUAACUAUUACUAGUGAGUGACAGUUUUGAAAAAUUAAUAAUCACAUUUACACAUUUGUAAAAACUUGUUCAACAAAAUAAAGUGGUAAAAAUAC